AUGACUGAUAACAUCAAUGACUUCGAUGCCCAAGCAACCGCUGAAGAUGGCGUGAAUUUGGGAUUCACAAAAGAGUUAAUUGACGAGAUUCGUGACAAAAAAGAAUCAAAUCCGGGAAUGUUCGUGUCAGCGUGGCAAGAUGACAAUGAAGGUCUCGAGGAAAAGGAUCUAGAAAAUCCGAUUGAAACAUGGCUCACGGCUGCUGAAGAUGGAAAUCUGGAACUAAUCAAAACGAUAUUAAAAGAAUAUCCAACUCGUUUGGAUUGCCACGAUGCAGAUGGAUACACAGCUCUACACCGAGCGUCCUAUAACAAUAACCUAGAGAUUGUUGAGCAUCUUCUUGCUUGUGGGGCCAACAAGGAAUCACGAACAAAUGAAGGAUGGACUCCACUGCUUUCAGCCUGCAACUGGGCUAAUUUUGACAUUGUUGGCCGCCUUUUGAGCAACGGAGCUGAUGUCAAUGCUGUUUCCAACGGAAAUUUGAGUGCUCUCCAUUUGGCGGUGAACAGCAGUGAGGACCCAGACAAUGUUUAUACGACAGUAAAAUAUCUACUUCAAGCUCCAGGAAUUGAUCCAGGAGUGGUUGCUGGAAACGGAGACACUCCUUUGAUGAUGGCACGCAGAACAUCCGAACGUCUCUACACUUCAAUACGUGAUUUUAUCGAAAGACCUUGA